AUGCAUCACUACGCGGGUGCUAAAGACUUCUCAAAACUGGAUGCCAAGGCAGGAUACUGGUCGGUACAACUCGACACAGAGUCUCAACUGCUUACAACCUUCCAAUCUCCAUUCGGAAGUGACAAAGGUGUCCAUCCAGACCAUGGCAAGAUAAAUGACUUACAAGCCAUGCCAGCGCCAACCGGUAAGAAAGAGCUACAAGAGUUCCUUGGGUUUGUAACAUAUCUGUCGCCAUUCAUAGCUAACUUGGCAGACAAGUCGUCACCGCUCCGUGGCUUACUCAAGGAGGAUGUGCCGUUCCAGUGGGAAGAUCACGAUCAGCAAUGUUUCGACAAACUCAAGGAAGUCAGAUUUCACACAUAUCUAUACGGACGGAGGUUCAAGGUCUUGACCGAGCCCAAGCCAUUGGUCAUGAUCCUACAAAAGCCACCGAGAAGUGCACCUCCAAGGUUACAGCAGAUAAGGCUAAAGCUACAGGACUACCAACUGGACAUCGAGUACAGACCCGGAAGGGAGAUGACUCUGCCAGACACGUUAAGUCGACUUCCCAAUGCAGAGAAUGACGAGCUUGACGUUAGAGUGGAUUUAGUACGGUUUAGUACAGACCGGAUCCAAGCUCUACAAAAUGCAACAGCGACAAGAAGUUCAGAAGAUGUACCACGACCUUACAGCACAUGA